UAGCGGUGUAAAGACACACUAGCAAUCACGCAGCCGAACGCCACCAGCUUAUAUUGCCCGUAUACGACCCGGAUAGACGGCGUGGAACGUAACACAGCGUCUCCGUGUCAUUGCCCUACCGACGGCUGCAACAGCAGAACGCUAGCUGGCGCCGGGGAGCAGCAAUCCAGCUCAGAGCCGCUCAGAGCUCUAAUAUCACGCACGAUGCGCCGCAUCUCUAAUUUCCAUGAUCCGCUGGAGGCCGCAUCUCUAAUUCCAAACGCCCUCGUGUCGAGCUUGGACGGCUUAGUCUUCGGCAACAAGCGGCGGAACUUCUCGUCGAUCUGCAUCUUCGUCUACGGCGCUGGCCUGGCGUUCUGCGGCUUCUUCGCCGCGCGCUAUCCGACCGAGUCGCUGGCGAUGAUGGCGGACGCGUGGGACGUCCAGCUCGACGCGGCGAACCCUGCGGCGGCGUUCUCGCGCCACGUUCUUGCGAUCGGCGGCAUCCAUCUCAGCGCUUGGGGCAUCGGUUGUAUGUGUUUGGCACCCUCAAGUGCGGCUCCUCGCACGAAGAAGCUCGCCGCGUUCCUCAACCUCAUCGCUGCCAUUCUUGCCGCCGCCUGCUCGGCCUACCAUCCCGAAGCCAUAGCCGCGCCGCGCUGCGCGGCGUCGUCGGCCGCGGCGGCCAAGUGCGUCAAGACCGCAGCCAUGUGGUACUUGCCCGUGGCCGUGGUCGCAGGACUCGGGGUGCUGUUCGCGGACGCGGGGCCGCGCUUGGUGCGUUUGGAUGCGACGCGCGCCAUCCUGCUCGACGGCGCGGUCGACAACGCGCGGCGCGGCGCGGCCCGCAUCACGCGCGUGGACAGCCGCGCCGACUUGGUCGAAUACGCGUCGCCGCGCGUCCUCGACCGCCACAGCAAGCUAGUACCGAAAGCUGACGCCCGGACGGCCGCCGAGUACGCGGGAAUGGUAGAUGAGGAGCCGCCCUCGACGCCGAAGAAGCAGCAGUAGUAGCAGGCUCGGUUCUUAUAAACAAACAAAUUACAUACACCUAGCGCGCUCCUCUUGGCCCCAAACUCGGACCCGCGAGGACCGGCGGAACCUGCGGCGCCUGCCGGCGCUGCACGCCAUCGACGCGUCAAAGCUCGCCCUCCUCGACCCCCAGCGGCAGGAAGCCACCAACGCGGUCGGU